AUGGCAGCCAAGAGGGGCAAGUCGGGGGUGCCGCAGAGCGUGGCACGCAGUGAGCUAAAGGUGUACCGCGCUGGCAGCACGGAGGGCCGUCUGCCCGUGCCCACCAACCUCCGAAAGCAGAGGUCCCUGACCAACCUGGCCGUGCUCACUGACGCCGAGAAGAAGAUGCAGCUGUACGAGCCCAAGUGGUGCGAUGACAUGGCCAAGUCAGGUGCCGGCAACCUGAAGGCAGGCAAGCCCAAAACUGCUGGGGGUGGAAGCGGAGUGGGCGGAGGGGCUGGUGGCGCCCCGCUCUCCCGUAACCUAUCCAAGUCGGAGCACUCCCUCUUUCAGGGCAAGCCCAAACCCUUCACCCCGCUGGCGGCGCCCGGAUCUCUGGGCAAGGGCCAGAGCCGUAUCCCCAGGGGUCCCUAUGCAGAGGUGAAACCCCUUAGCAAGGCCUCCGACGACGGCAAGUCCGAUGACGAUAUCCUCUCGAGCAAGGCCAAGGUUGCUGGGAAGAAAGCUGCGGCGAGUGGCUCGGGAGAGGUAGAGGCCAAAGGUCAAGGUGAAGAAGGAGGGGACAAGCCCUUCCUGAAGGUGGACCCUGAGUUGGUGGUCACCGUUUUGGGUGACCUGGAACAGUUGCUCUUCAGUCAGAUGUUAGAUCCAGAGUCCCAAAGGAAACGUACGGUCCAGAAUGUUCUGGACCUCCGACAGAACCUGGAGGAGACAAUGUCCAGUCUACGAGGUACACAGCUCAGCCACGGCUGUCUGGACAGUAAUGUGUGCUACGACAGUGAUGAGACUAACGCUCGUAGCGUGUCGAGCUUGUCCAGUCGUUCAUCUCCCCUCUCCUGGCGGCAUGGCCAGUCCAGCCCGCGGCUGCAGGCAGGCGACGCCCCCUCCUCCACAGGCGGUGGAGGUGUGGGGUACACAGGAGGCAGUAAGUACACGUCUCACACCAUGCCGGCACGCUGCUCCUCCCGCCUCAGCCACACCUCCCGCAUCGAACUCAUCGAAGGCCUGGACACGAGCGACGACACCGAACUCAGGUCGGGUUACCUUAGUGACACCGACCUGAUGACCAAGAGCCUGAAUGACGAAGACGAUGAUGACAACCUGGCGAACGGUUGGGAUGAGAGCAGCUCCAUCAGCAGUGGUUUAAGUGAUGGCUCUGAUAACCUGAGUCCAGAGGAGCUGAAUGCCAGCUCCUCUCUCAAUUCUCUCCCCACUACUCCUGUCAGCUCCAGACGCAACUCUUCCGUCAUGUUACGGACGGAUGCAGAGAAGCGCUCCCUGGUGGAGAGUGGGCUGGCCUGGUACAGUGAGGAUGGGAAGAUGGGACGGAAGGCUGACAGCGGCACCUACGACACGGGAAGUCUUAAGACGGAGUCCUCAAGCAAGUGGAGGAGGACUCGUCCACAGGAGGGCGCCGGUCAGGAGAAGACAGGCAAAGGAGAACUGAAGAAACCCCAGAGCCUCGGCCAUCCGGGCAGCUUCAAGAAAGGCCGUAAUCCACCCGUGGGUGUGACGUCACCUAUCACACACACCUCUCAGAGUGUACUUAAAGUGGCAGCAGUGCCUAAAGGGGACUCUAAGCCGAUGGAUAAGGUAAAGAUGACUGUGAAGGCAUCUGGACUGCAGCGCUCACGCUCAGACGCGGGACGGGAUGGGGGAGAGAACCGCAAGCCCCCCUCAGGUCUGGUUAAGCCCUCUGCAGGAGGCUCCUUCGGCUACAAGAAGCCCACUCCUGCCACUGGUACUGCCACUGUCCUGACUGCAGGGGGCGCCACUAUUUCCAGUGGCUCGGCCACUGUUGGCAAGACACCCAAGUCUUCGGGCAUCCCUAUCAAGCCUGUGGGUGGAGGGACAGGAGCCGGGCGUAAGAACAGCCUGGAUGCCACCAACGGAGAACAAGGCUUCCUGUCCCCCAACGCUCGCAGUAGCAUCCAGUACCGCAGCCUGCCUCGACCCGCCAAGUCCAACGCCAUGAGCCUGACAGGCCGGCCCGCCUCUCGGCCCGUGAGCAGCACCAUCGAUGCCAGCCUGCUCGCGCUGAAACCUGUGUCCAUGCCCACAGCAGGCCCCCGGGGGAAAGAGCCCAUACCCACCAAAGCAGGCAGCAGACCCGCCAGCGCGGGGCCUGUGAACCAGACUGACAGGGAGAAAGAGAAAGAGCGGGCUAAAGCCAAGGCAGACCUGGAGAGUGGAUCUCUGACGACGGACAGCCAGUCGGAGAGCUGUGGGGAGGCGGGACUUAAAAUGCAAGGCAUCCGCAGGGCGAGCUCCAGCAAAUACCCAGAACUCAGUUCUCCAACCACUCAUUGUAUUUUUAGGAUUUUGAACACAAAGUCUCUGGGACGCCCCCCCAACCUGGCUCACAUGGACAAACUCAACUCCAACAGUCUGGACUCCUGUGUGGCUAUUCAGGACCUGCCGCCUAAAAUUCCUCCCUUCUCCAAGCUCCAGGACCUGGCAGGGUCAACUCGUACCCCCGUGGCCCCUCGCCUGACCCCGAGCCCGGCCCCCGUCCUUCACAUCGAUUCCCCCGGCUGUUUCUCUGGUCAGGCCCUGUCUUUGAGCAGUUCCCCACCACUCUAUCCCAAGAUGUCGGGUAUGCACCGCAGCAUGGAAUCCCUGCCUCUCCAAAUGAGUGUGCCAGCUAGCAUGGAGCAGCGCCUCCUGCCUGACCAUGAGGAGAACAGAGGAGCGGGGACCUGGGGGGCAGGCAGCAGGACCUCUGUCACCCUCUCUGACAGUUUACAAACUGAUAGGAACACCUUACCCAAGAAAGGACUGAGUCGCUAUGGCAGCAGUCAGUCAGAAGGGGAGGUGAAAGAACGGCGUCAUUCGCACAACAUCGUGAGCCUGACGGAAUCAGAGAGUCCACCGCAGCUCCCCUCUCCCACCCACGUGGCUUCGCCCUUCCCUGGCAAAGCCCCGCCCACCAACGUGGUUGCCCCCAUCCCAAAUGUGGGCAGUGCCCCACGGAUCAGCCGCUCCAACAGUAUUCCCACCAAUGACGCUGCCUACGACCUGUACAGCACCUCGCCUGUGGGCAGCGCUCUCACGCUGGCCGACCGGCCCAAGAGCAUGAUGCGCUCCGGAUCCUUCCGUGAGCCCGGCGAGGAUGUUCAUGGAUCUGUCCUGUCCUUAGCAUCCAAUGCCUCAUCAAACUAUUCGUCUACCGAGGAGAGAAUGCAGGGAGAGCAAAUCCGUAAACUCAGACGGGAGCUGGAGUCCUCUCAGGAGAAGGUGGCUAAUCUGACCACUCAGCUGUCUGCCAAUGCGAACCUGGUGGCUGCAUUUGAACAGAGCCUGGCUCUUAUGACUUCACGGUUGCAGAGUCUCUCAGUCAGUUCUGAACAGAAGGACUCAGAGCUGUUGGACCUGAGAGAGACGAUUGAGAUCCUGAAGACCAAGAACACUGAGGCUCAAGCCAUUAUCCAGGGUGCUCUGAACAGCCCUGACGUCACACCCAAAGAGCUGCAGAUCAACAGGCAGAACUCCUCAGAGAGUAUCUCCAGCCUUAACAGCACUACCAGCCACUCCAGCAUGGGCAGCCUGAAGGAGCAGGACGCCAAGAAGAAGAAAAAGAAGAGCUGGUUGAGGAGUUCCUUCAAUAAGGCGUUCAGUAAGAAAGGCUCCAAACUCUCUGCAUCCUAUGCGGACAUAGAGGAGAUUGCCACCCCAGAAUCCUCCGCUCCGUCCUCCCCAAAACUACAUCAUGAUGGCCAAACCCCAUCUUCAUCCCUUAAACCCUCAGUCUCUCCUUCGCCCUCUGGUCUGUGUGAGGGCGGAGAAGGCACUGAACCUGAUGAGAAAGUGGUGUCAGAACUGCGCUCCGAACUGUGGGAGAAGGAACGUAAACUAACGGACAUCCGACUGGAGGCUCUUACUUCAGCUCACCAGCUAGAGCAGCUUCAGGAAGCCAUGACAAACAUGCAGAUGACUGUUGAGAAGCUAAAGGCUGAGAACGACCAGCUCAAGACUGGUGGCACCUCCUCCCGGCCCACAAGCUCCACUUCCCAGUCCUCAGGACUCACCUCAUUGGCUUCCUCGUCGCCAAGGCAGUCUGUGGCGUCUCUGAGCCAGACGUUCAGCAUAGGUGUGACGGAGAGCAGCAACCUCGAUGCAAUAAAGCAGUGUUACCCGCAGGAUGAGAGUCUUGUGCGUGUGGUGGUUCGCAUACCCGAUCAGCAUGUCUUUAAAGACGAGGUGAAGCAGCAGGACUUUUUUAUUGGUUUGGUUAAGAUGAGUGGAAGGACUGACUGGUCUUCUCUAGACUCUUCUAUCAGCCAGGCUUUCAAGGACUACUUGUCCACAGUGGACCCCACAUCCAGUCUGGGUCUGUCUCAGGACUCAAUCUACAGCUACAGUGUCAGUCACUUCAAAAGGGUUCUGGGAACCCAGCCCCCCGAGACCCCGCCCUCACGUUGCUUCACCAAGGGCCUGGGCUGCAUCACCGUGAGCCUCAAAGGUCUGAAGGAGAAGUGUGUGGACUGUCUGGUGUUUGAGACUCUCAUUCCUAAGCCCAUGGUGCAACACUAUAUCAGCCUGCUCUUAAAGCACCGUCGCAUCAUCCUGUCUGGCCCCAGCGGCACGGGGAAGACCUACCUCACCUCCCGCCUGACCGAGUACCUGGUGGAGCGCUCCGCCCGCGAAGUCACGGAUGGCAUUGCCAUCACCUACAAUAUGCACCGUCAGUCCUGCAAGGAUCUUCAGCUGUAUCUGUCCAACCUGGCCAAUCAGAUUGAUCGAGAGACCAGCACUGCCGAGAUCCCAUUGGUUGUCAUUUUGGAUGAUUUGCAUGAUGCUGCAUCCAUCAGUGAAUUAGUAAAUGGUGCUCUGACCUGUAAAUAUCACAAAUGUCCAUACAUUAUCGGAACCACCAAUCAGCCAGUAAAGAUGACCCCAAACCACAGCCUGCACCUCAGCUUCAGAAUGGUGACUUUCUCUAACAACGUGGAGCCAGCAAAUGGCUUCCUGGUCCGUUACUUGCACAGGAAGCUGAUGGAAGCGGAGGACCAGAGGAAUAUGACCAAUGAGGACCUCCUCAGGGUGCUGGACUGGGUACCUAAACUAUGGUACCAUCUCCACACCUUCCUAGAGAAGCACAGCACCUCUGAUUUCCUCAUCGGCCCAUGUUUCUUCCUGUCCUGCCCGGUGACAGUUGAAGAGUUCCGCUCCUGGUUCAUCGACCUGUGGAACCACUCCAUCAUCCCAUACCUGCAGGAGGGGGCCAAGGACGGCAUCAAGGUGCAUGGUCAGAAGGCAGUUUGGGAGGACCCUGUGGAGUGGGUGAGGGGAACGCUACCCUGGCCUUCAGCACAACAAGACCAGGCCAAGCUCUUCCAUCUGCCACCCCCCAGCAUGGGCCCAGGAAGCCCAGGACAACCUGCAGAGGAGAAACCCAAUAAAGAGACCCCGCCCAGCUCCAUGGAAUCAGACCCACUGAUGGCUAUGCUGUUAAAACUCCAGGAGGCAGCCAAUUACAUAGAAUCUCCUGAGAAAGAGACAGUCAUGGACCCAAAACUACCUACAUUAUAA